AUGAGUAAACCAAGAAAAAACGAAGAAGUUGAUGAUUAAAUGAGAAAUAUUGGAGACGAAGAAGAAGAAGAUUAUUAAGGGCAAGUAGAAGAAGAGGAAGAUGGCAACAAUCAAGUAGAAGAGGAUGAUGAGGAAGAAGAAGACGAUGAUGAAUAGGAUGAUUAUCAAUAGGAUGGAUUCGUCGUUGGAGACUCUGAAGAGGAAGAAAUUGAGGAAGAAGAGGAUGAAGAUGCCGAAGAAAGACGUCGUCGCAAGAAAGAAAAGAAAAGAUAAAAAAAAUUGGAAAAAUAAAAUUAACACAGGCGUAUCCUCAAGAAAGGACCUAAGAAGAGAGAACUAUCAGAAGAUGAAAUGGAAAAUAAUGAGAUAUAAGAUCUUGAGGAGUAUCAUGAAGAUUCAGAAGAAGGUAUUCCUGAUAGAAAGAGAAAUCAGUAAAGUAGAACCGGUAAUGAUGGUCAUUAAGGAGACAAGAUGGAUUUAGAAGAUUAAGGUAAUGAAGAUUACUUAGAAGAUGUAGGUGAUUAUGGCGCAAAGUAUGGAAAAACAGCCUUUGAAGAACUUUUCAUGGACGAUGAGUCAGGAGAAGAAGAGCAAAAUGAAAACGAAGAUGAUGAAAAUAGAGAAGUUGAUGAUUACAUUGAUGUGUAAUAGCUUUUUGAACCUGAUGAUCUUAAAAAGCGUUUCGAGCGUGAUGAUGAUAAAAAAAUUAAAGAAGAGGAUAUACCUGAGCGCUUAUAGAUUCGUAUGUAGGGACGUAAAGCUCCUGAUCCAGAAGAGCUCAUGGAAGAGACAAAAUGGAUAUCAGAAAAAAUUAAGACUAUAAAGGAUUAUAAGGGUAGCAAGAAGUUGAAUGAUAUUAAUUUCCAUUCAAAAAUAUUCUCUUUCCUCCAAUCUCUACAUUUGGAUAAAGAAGAAGUUAUGUAUAUCUAUACAUACAAGAAGAAUGAAUUUCAUCCACAAUUUGAUCUUGAAGACUUAUGGAGAUUAUAUGACUUAGAUGGCGAAUGGGCUCAAUUCAAUAGACAAAAAAAUCGCAUUCUAUUAUAAAUUUAAUAGCUUAGAAGAGAACUUGAGAAUACUCCUCUGCUAAUUUAAAAUAAUAUAAUUGAUUUUGAAUAAGUUAGAAAAGUUGAAGAAUUUUUCCACAAAGCCAUUGAUACUUAAUCUCUUAAGUUUAUCAAGGAAUACUUUGAUUACCUAUUUAUCAAAAUUUAUCCUUAAAAGGAGCACUAAAGAUUAAAAAUUCGUAAAGACCGUAAAACUAGAAUGAUUAACACUUAUAUUUAAUGUAAGGUUCAUAAGUUAGUUAGUACUUUAACUCUUUCUCCUUAGGAUCUCGUUAAAAACUUAGAAGAAAUGAACUAAAUUAAUUAACCUCAAUUACAACAAAAUAAGCCCUAAGCCUAUGCUGAUAAUUUAAUUUCAGAAAACCCAAAUGUUCCUUGUAUGAAAGAAGCUAUAGAGGCUUUAGAAUGCAUGGUUGAUUAUCUAUCAAAUGAAUUAUUUAACUAUCCUCCCCUUAAAAAAUGGUAUUAUGAAAUGUUUAAAUAAAAAUGCUUAAUUUCUACUGAACCCACAGAUCUUGGUAAAAAGUAAAUAGAUAUGUUCCAUCCCCUAUACCCAGCUAAAAGAAUUCAUAAACGUCCUUACACUUCUUUCACUGAUGACACUUGGUUGCUCUUAGAAGAAGCUGAAAGAUUGAACUUUAUUACAGUUAAGAUUUUCUUAAAAAGUGAAAAUGAUAAUAACUCAGACAAUAACAGCAUAUUUGAUAUUAUGAGUAAAAAUUACAUGAUCAGUUUAAAAAAUUUAGAAGCUCAAAUUAAACAAAUUAAUUCUGAAUGGAAUUUCUUCCGUAAAUACAACAUAGAAAAUGUUUGUGAUAAGUUUUUCUUACCUUAUGCCUAGAGCUUAGUAAGAAUAGAACUUCAUGAAAAUGCUGAAAAGUGGGUUGUAUCUUAAUGCUAACAAAAGUUUUACAACAUGAUUAAUGUUGAACCUUAGAAAAAUGGUAAAAUAAUGUCAGUUGUCCAAGACACAAAUGGUAGAAUAGGUGUUGUCUUUGUUGAUGAAAAUGGAAUUCCUAAUAAUUCUAUGAUUUUGAACUACUUCACCAAGAAAGAAGACUAGCUUUCAACUAAAGCCAGACUAGAAAAAACCUAAGAAGAACAUGAACUUGAAAUUAAGUUUAAAUCUUUUGGACCUUAAUUAAUUGUUGUUGCUGCCAAUAGCAUAGAAUCUUAAAGACUUAAAAAUCUACUUCAUUAAAAAUAUGAAAAAUCUUAAUCUUAUAUUUAAUAUGGAGAUGACACAAUCCCAUAAAUUGUGGCUAAGUAACCUACAAUUCAAGGACCAGGAAAUACCUUACAAUUUAAAGAUUCUGUACUCAGAGUUGCUCUUUCAUAAGGAAGAAUACUUUUAAAUCCUACUGCAGAAAUACUCUCGCUUUGGAACGAUAAUGUUUAACAAAACGGGUGUCUUCAUAUCCCCCUUCAUCCAUCUUAAGAAUAUAUUAGUCUUGAUAAGCUCUAGUACUCACUAGAGAAAUGUUGUGUUUAAAUAGUCAAUUUUAUGGGUGUUGAAAUGGAUAUGCUUUAAGAUUAGCCUCACCUUAAACACCUUCUAUAACACGUAUGUGGUUUAGGACCUAGAAAGGCAUUAAAGCUAAUUGAGCUCUUAGAAAAAAAUGCUGUAAUUUUUGAAAAAGAAAAGGAAGUACCUAAAAAGAGAGGUCUAUUAAUUACUCAACUUGAUAUAAAGGAUGUUGUAUUCAAGAAUAUUAAUGGUUUCAUCAGAUUUAGAUUUUCAAAAGACCCUAUUGAAAAGACUAGAAUCAACAAAGAUUUAUACAAAAUUGCAAAAAAGAUUUGCAGAGACAGUGCUGAUAACUUCUAAAUUAAAAGCUAAAGUGAUGAAGAUAUAGUAGAAUAUGUUAUGAAAAAUCCCAAAUAUAUUGAUGCUAUGGACUUGGAAGAUUAUGCUUAACAGCUUGAGGAGAUGAAAAAUCAACCAAACAUGGCUCCUGUAUUAGAUUUUGUCAAAGAUGAGCUUAUCAACCCAUUUAGCUAUAAAAGAAAUACCUAUGAAGCAAUUAGCGAUUAAGACUUAUUCUUCAAAAUGAUUAAAGAAAGUCCUCAAACAUUCCGUAAAGGAAUGAUUGUUUCAGCAAAAAUCAUUCAAAUUAGACCUAAAGAAAAUCAAUAAAUAAAACAACACUAACUACUUGUUAAGAUUGUUGAUAACGACCUAAAAUCUAGCAUACUUGUUAGUGAAGAGGAAUCAAAGAAUUAUAAGGUUGGUGAUAUUAUUAAAGCUUAUGUUGAUCAAAUUUUUGUCCUUGACAACAAGCGCUCCAAGGAUAAAAUUAUUGGUUUCGAUGUCAAUUGUGUGACUUUAACUUUUAAAGCCAUCAAAUUUAAUGAUUUAGUCAGAGAAAUGAGAUAAUUUUAAGACUUAGAUAUUCUUAGUACUUUCAAGUUCAUUGAAGCUGAAGACAAGCCAUUGGGUAUUGAUGUCACUGAAAGAAAAGCUAAGAAAUUCGAACCAAGAAAGAUUGCUCAUCCUAAUUUUAAAAAUAUAAGUAUUACAGAUGCUGUAAAGCUUUUGAAGAAUGCAAAAAAUGGUGAAUUUAUUAUUAGACCCAGUUCAAAAGGUAAACAAUACCUUGCCAUAACAUGGAAAUUCUUCGAUGACGUGUUUGUCCACUUAUCACUUAAGGAAGAAUAUGGCAAAGAAAAGGGGUUCUAAACGAAAUAUGUUUUAAAUGACAAAGAAUCGUUUGAUAACUUUGAUGAAAUUAUUGAAAGAUAUAUCAUUCCUUGCAAUAAUCACAUGAACUCAGCUAAAGAUAAUCGUAAGUUUUCAAAAAAAUCAAUAGAAGAAAUAGAAUAGGAGCUAAAGAGAAAUAAAGAAGAAUAACCAGACAUUAUUCACUAUAACUUUUGUUGUGUCCCUAAAUAUCCUCAAUUUAUCGUCUUGCUAUAUUGCUCUAAAUAGGAUUAAGUCACCAAAGAGUGGAUUAAAGUUAAGUAUUAGGGCUUUUAUUUCCAUGAAAAGUAUUUUGGACAAUUAAAGGAUUUAAUUAAAUGGUUUAAAGAUUGCUUCCAUACUCCCGAAUACAAAAAGUAUGUAAAAAAAGCUGAAGAACCAUAUGCAUCUAAGACCCCUAGCUCAUUUAGUAAUUAAGGAACUAUUGGCAUAAAAUAAGAAGGUGGUGUCAAAUAUGAAAAAUCAGAGAGAGGCAUUGGAGGACAAAAAUGUUAAAACUGUGGUAAAUAUGGUCAUGCUGCUAAUAACUGCAAAAAUAAAAGAUCCUAUAAUUCCUCUUCAGGAUAGGGCAGUGCAUCUGGAGCAAAACAAUGUUUCCACUGUAAGGGUACUGACCACUUUAUUAAAGACUGCCCAAAUAAAACUCAUCAAAGCAAUAAAGGAAGUGGCGGUUUUAGCUAUAGCAGAAGAGAUAGAAAUCAAUAACACUCACGCUCUAGAUCUCGUUCAUAUGACAACGAGCAUUGA